AUGAAGCUACCCUGGCCAAACGUGUUUGCAGACGGAGAUGUGGAGAAAUGGAUUAGCGAUUUGGAAUUAAUCGCAUCGUGCAACGGCAUCAAAGGGAGUGCGCACAUAGUCACCGCGUUGGGGUCACUGCUCACCGGACGAGCGAGGGCCACAUACGACUUAAAUUUGGAAAGCAACCGAGCCUUAAAUUAUGAUAAUUUAAAAUCUGCAUUGGUGGCAGAAUUUUCAAAGGAGGAUGACCGCGAGAAGGCGAUGAACCGGUUUUAG